UUGGAUGGGAUUGCACUACUGGCGGGUAGCGUCGGUGUGAUGGUGCGUGAGGCCACAGUGCUGCUGCUGGCGGUAGCACUGUGCCGCGCAGCCACCACACUCGACUCCGAACUUGGCGUCGGAAAGGCUAUCAACAUCUUCAUGAGAUAUGGCUACCUCAGCAUAUGUAUGCGAGUCGUACCGAGGAACGACACUGAUGGCUGGGUGUUCCGGGAGCCUACCGUCAGCGUAUUCCGGGACGUAGAACGCUUUGCCGUCGCGCCGAAGAUCCGUCAGCCCAAAACACUCUUCGACGGUGACUUCCAUAUGGAGUUCUGCGAUAACUUAAAGCAGUUGUUGCAGGCGUACUUCAGGGAUUUUAUUUUUGAGAGGUUGGAGCGACCAUGGCGCGCUUUCACUGCUGGCUGGCCGACUGACAUCAUGGCGAGGAACUUGGGGAUCAAUUCUUCAUUCAUUACCGGUGACCACUGUUAUGUUCUCGUGAGAGUAUCCAGGUUUCGCGAAACGGGCAAAUUAAACGACUUACCGCCGAACAUAGCUGUAGAAGACGUAGUGUACGAAGCCAUCCAGGAGUCCACAAUCGGCGAUACCGUGUCCAUUGCUGACUUCAUAAGGAAAUACGGCUCACACUACAUUGCAUCGUACAUCACUGGUAACUCAUUGUACCAGGUGUUUGUGUUCUCGCGAGGAGUGUACUCGAGGAUUAAGGAGCGUGUGAAGUCGCAAGGUGUCAAAGAUAUACCACCAACAGAAAUGAGUAACUUCUUCUCCCCGUUCUUUGCCGAACAUGUUGGAGCGGUCAAGGUGUUUGUAUUCUCUAGAACUGCAUACUCUAUGAUCAAAGAAAGAUUAAAAAGCAAGGGAGUAGCUGAUAUUACUGCUAAGGAGUUAGAAGGAUACUUCUCGCCAUGGCAUGCUAAACAUAUAGGCCAAAUAAAGGUCGCAAGCGGAAACAAAACAGUGGAAAGCUGGGCCAUGAAACGCCUUCGAGUCCACUACUAUAUUUUCUCCUACCCCAGCCUCUUAAAACUACACGGAGAACCAUCACUGCUGAGGAAUUUAGACACGCUUUUAGGAAACGAAGCGUUAUUACAGUUAGAGUUAAAGACAUUAUCUCCAGUGUUUAAAGACCCGCAAAAGAAAAAGUGGUUCGAGGAAGUUAUAGACAAUUAUUUAAAAUUAUGGGAGAGUAAUAUGUGA